GAACGAGUUGGAUCCAGUAACAAUAACCUAUGUCGUGACUUUCCAUCGUCUAAACUCUAACGCGAAGCAGUCAUCUGAAACCAAAGUUUUGGAGAGAGAGAGAGUAGAGAUGAGGUUGUUCGAUCCAUGGCCAGUGUUCUUCAAGAGGGAGUGGAAACGUUGUUGGCCGUUUCUCACCGGAUUCGCCGUAACCGGCGUCCUCAUCACCAAGCUCACCGCUGGAUUCACUGAGGAAGACGCCAAGAACUCCAAGUUCGUCCAGCAACACAGGCGGUAA